GUGGUGUUUCCCACACGGAACACAGCCACCACACGUAGAGACAUCGUCCACCGUCGGCGGUGACUAUGAUGACGACGACGGCCUUGUGCCACCGCCAUGUUGCCCCUCCGCUCGAGUUCGCGUGUGUUUUUAUUUUAUCAUCUGUGUUUUUCACACGCACGCACACACCCGUGUCCCGUGGUAAACACUAUGCACACACAGUGUAGUGUACGUCAUGUCACCUCGAGCGCACCUACAUGAUAUCAUAAAUAUUAGUUUGUAAUUUGUCUUUUAUUAUUAUUUACAAAUAUAGUUAUUAUCAUAGAAGUAAUACUAGUAGUAGUAGUAAGUAGUAACUAUAAUGUAUAAUAUAUUAUACUGUUAUGCACUAUGAAGACACAAUGUUAUGGAGUAGUAACCAGUGACUGUCAACAACACAGAUCUAAAGUAUAAUAAUAUCGAUGAAAAAAAAUGAAAAAAUGAAAUAAAAUAUUAAAAUAAUUAUCGCACACGAUAACGGUGGAUGCAGUUGUUGUAGUUUCGCGGUAAACUCUUAGAAAUUCAUAUAAUUAUUUCCCUAUGGAAAUGACUCUACGCUACAUGAUAUAAUUAUUAUAAACACACACGACAGUACGACAAACACAUGCACGUCGUACGCACACAAUCUCAGCUGACUAUCACGUCCGGUUGAUCGUCCAGCGAUGCCCGUCGAUUUGAAAUUCGCGAUCGUCGACGGCAACAAAUCGACUUCGACGACGACGACGACGACGACGGUGGAAAAGAACCGUCGAUGAUCGACAGCCGACGUUAGCAACAGGAGCAGCAGUAGUCCAUACGAAUCUCGCGGUAAGUCGCCGCGACGCGCUCGACCGGAGUAGUGAUAACCGCUCUCGGCCAAAUCCUCUUAUUGCGUUCUUUCGUCAUCGCCGUCGCUUCCACAAUGUCGCGCGCGCGUGACUCACACACGUCACUCCGUCAUUGACGGUGGGUUCGCCGUGUCGCCAACACACAUUACUCACACGGUCCGACCGCGCCACACCGUGUCCUCGCUCCGUCGGUCCUAACGGCGAAUGGUGGUCCGACCGUCGAACUGGUGUCCCAUACGAUUGACUUAACACUACCUGUUUUUGUCUGUUUUUCCGGCACGGGUACAGACCGCUAUGCCGUUUCCGCCUCCUCCGCCGCCGCCGCCCCCGGCUUCUACAACCCUGUCGGGCCCGCCGCCGCCACCUCCACCGUCUGGACCACCGCCAAUGUUUGGUGCAGGCGCGAACAAGAAGGGCGGCAACAACCCGUUGCAGGCCAGGGAUCAGCUGCUGCAGUCCAUCAGACUUGGAAAGCCUCUGAAGAAAACCGUGACCAAUGACAAGAGCAGCCCGCUCAUCAACAAUUCACAAAAAACACCUGUAAAAUGUAAUGGUACUGUAAAAAACGGAGAAAUGAGUUCUAUAGCUGCACGAACACCUAAUGGCUUAGCAGAGUUAUUUGCUGGAGGCAUGCCUAAACUUAAAUCAACUGGAUUAGCUGUAACAGGUCAAUCAAGAAUUCAAACGCCACCAACCAAUAAUUUAUCACCAGUCUCAUUAUUUAAUCAAACAACAGCAAACAACUCUCCUUCUAAUACAAGUACUCUUCCAUUACAAAAAAGAAAUGAUGGUAUAAGAAAAAUUCAAAACGAUAUUAAAUUAAGAGGACCACCUCCUCAACCACCACCUUUUAAUCAAAAACCAACUAUUCCUUCGAGUACUUCUGAACCUGUUUCAAUUAUACCACCUGGUGUUGGUCACAACUUGACAGGUAGUGUCCCAAGUCUUGUAUCUGAUAAUGUGGCAGGCAGAGGUCCUCCUCCUGGUGGAUAUGGCAAACCAAAUGUAGCCCCAAAACCACCAUCUAUCAGGCCAGCCGUGCCCACAAAAAAGUCAACGUUAACAGUUAGUUCAAGUAAUUUAGUAACUGCAGCUGAUGGACGAAAUCUUGUAUCUAGAGCACAAAGCAUGAGGAUACCAAAAACACCUCCAGUUGCUCCAAAUAGCCAACCACCUCAAUUCAAUAACUUGACCAUCAGUAGUAAAAAUCAAUUACCUGCUUUCCAUCAAUCACAAGACAGUAUUUUGAGGAACUCUCCAAAUCCUCCACCAAAUUCCCAAUGGGGAUCACGGACAUUACGACCUAUUAAACAUCCAAAUACUAGGCCACCACCACCACCUAUCAAAGCACCUUUGAAUCCACCAGUGUGUGCACCGCCACCACCACCACCUCCACAUCGAAGUGGGCCUCCUCCACCACCACCAAAUGUACCCCCUCAUAAAAGCUACCAAAAUAACAAUGUAACUAAUGGAGCUCCUCCAACACCUCCAACACGUCAUUCUUCUAUGCGAAAUGGUCCAACUUCUGUUUUAAACAUGUCUCUUUUGGAGGAAAUGGAAAUGAAGUUUUCUACUAUGUUCAAACCAUUGGUUAGGAUUCCAUCGCCUCCAAUUUUCCAAAGAGUAGAUAAAAUUUAUAAUAGUAGACUAGUCGUUGCAAAACAUCAAGCUCCUAAGCCACCAGGCUAUUGAACAGUAUAAUUUGUUUUGCUCAAAUAUGAGAAAUUUUGGAUUUAUAUUCCAAAUAUUUUACUUUCUACCUAGGUUUGUAUGUUAAAUAAUUUUUUCCUUAGGACAAAACUAUAUUUUUGCUUGUAAAAGUACAAUAUUAUUACUUUUAAACCAAAGGCAUUAUUGUGAUAAAGAUAACUUGAAAGUAUCAUUAAUGGUGAAAAAAAAAGAGAAAAGUAUUUAUUUUUUUGUCUAAUAUAUUUGUUUUUACAUGAAUUAUUCCAACAAUA